AUGCACAGACCCCCACCAGCUGAAGGGAAUGAUUUGGAACGCCUUCUGAACUUACCUCCGAACACAAACCCAUCAGUACAAGCGCCACCACCCAAUGUACCAGUUUGGCCGGAUGAACAGGCAGCAGCAUUUUGUGCAGUUGCUCCUCCUAUUGAGACAUUCAUGGAUGUUCCUGAUGAAAUUCGCCGGGACCAAUUUUAUGCUACGUGUCGACGUGAUGAUGUAUUAGUGGGUGUUAUCAGUGUUAUACAGGAUUCCGGUCUUGUAGUCUCUGUCCUGGCAUAUGAUCAAGGACCUCGGCGGGAUUUUGAAGGUCUGAAGAUCACGGGCUUUUGUCCGUUGAGACAACUUCCGCGAUAUAAUGCUCACGGAAACGCUUUGGAUGCUUUUCAAAUAGGUGACAAAGUUCGUGCAUUUAUUCUUGACAUUCAUGGAGGUGGACGUCUAAUAUUAAGCAUGAAUGCGAAGAUGCUUAAUCGUGAUACUUAUGGGGAUCUGAAACUUGGUAUCAUAACUGAUGAUGAUAUGCCUCUAUAUUACAAGAAACUUCAGAAUUUGGAUGGCAAAUCGUAUGAAGCCUACCUUGAAUCAACACCACAAUUUCGCAACCCAGAUGGCCUUCAAGUUCUGUGCGCACGCAUGGGGAUACCACGUUCAUCAGCAUGUAGUCUUCUCUUUUGUAUUAAUAAAAUCCGAUUACCAAAAUCAGAGAUGGCUUGUGAGCUUAGACGUACCCAGUUGCUGAAUUUUUCAAUGAAACAUGUCGCCCAAGGUGUAAAAUAUUUCAAGGAAAGCCGAAAUACUGAAGCUUUACAGUGUUACAAUUUUGCAAUUGAAGUUGAACCAACUAAUCCUGACGCCUAUGUUGCCCGUGGUGCUCUCUAUGCCUCAAUCGGUACGUACACAAAGGCAGUGGAGGAUUUGGAGAAAAGUCUUGAAAUCCAACCAAAUCAUGUUAAUGCUAAAAAUUAUCUGGUUCAGACGCUAGUUGCGUAUGCUGGCGAAAUUGGGCGUAAGGAAAUAAGCAAGGCAGAACAAUUAAUAAAUCGGGCACUUAAGUUGGAUCCUGACAAUAAUGAAGCUCGAGAUGCACUGAAAGAACUUCAAACUAACGGAUCUUUCUCUACUAACAAGGAUGCUGGUUUGCGAUCCUGGUCACGAACGCCUUCUCCACGCGGUUCUAGUCGAAAUGUGGUUAACAAACGUGACCACACUCCUCUUUCUCCAACUGCAGUUCGUCCAAGUGCGGGUUACGCCACUCAUAUGGAACGUAGUAGAGCUGCUCUAGAACAGCUUGUUGAAGAAGAUCGUAGUCGACGUGCUGCUAAAGAGGCUAAUCGUCAAAACCACGCGCCUGACCAAAGCCCUCCAGGAUUUUUGUCUCCCAAUCCCUCUCACGAACGACGAAGGGGAGAUUACUAUCGCGAUGAUAUAAAAUCUGCUGGUGGUGGUGGUAAUGCUGCUAUGGACAAAACGAAUAUGGAUCGUGGUGACCUGUCUAAAAUUGUAAUUACUCGCAACCGAUCCGGACGUAUUAUACGCUGCAAAGAUGAUGACGAGAUGGGUGAUGAGUCAAACAGGUCAGAAGGCUUAUGGAAACGUUCCUAUGAUGAUAAUCGAAAUGGUCCGGAUAAUUCGAAAAGAAGUCGAGCAGAUGGGGAAUCAGAAUAUCGAAGCACAAGACGAGUAUUUACACCUCCACGAAAUGCACGUGAAGGAGAACAUGGUUCUCUUACUGUAUAUGAGAAUGAAAAUGAUCUUCCUAUGACUUCUAAAAGUCUUCAAGAGCGUGUUCAAGCUCGUUUACGUGCUAUAGAACGACGCCAUCAACUGGAAGAAGGAAAUAAUCCUGGAACUACUGAAGUUACUAACGGCGCACCUACUGGUCAGGAUAAAAAUCGCGAAGGUUCUCUUGCAGUCGGAGAUGAUGCACCACCAUCUGAAUCUCCUAAAGGUGAUCGAGGACACUUUCGUGGGAAUGGUCCAUCAAGUGCUGAUCGUCGAUCAGGUGGCUCAUUUCAGCGUCCUGAAUAUCAUGGUAGCCGCGGCAGUGGAUACUAUGGAAGAAAUCGUCCUCGUGGAGGUCCCCGAUGGCGUAAUCAAUGGGAUGAUUAUCGUUUGCGCCGAAAUAACUGGCAUAAUCAUCGUUAUGAUGACCGUAGACGUGAUGGUCCGUCGGCUAGAUCGGGCAGUGCCAGUAACUUUGAACGUCGCAGAAAACGUUAUGGAACAUCUGGAUCUGCUGAGCGCUCACCUCGGUCUUCUCGUUCACGUUCGAGGUCACGAUCACACGUUUCUAAAAGUCGAUCACGUUCAUAUUCUCGGAGCCCUCGAUCAUCACCUCGAUCGCCAUCACAUUCACCAAUUCGACCUGGUGCUCGUGGAAGAGUAAUAUCUCGUGCUCGCAUAAAAACUCCCCCUCUUGCCCCACUAGUUACAAGUUUCAGGCGUAGUGAAUCAGAUGAAAACCUAGCUGAAUUAGACCAAUUUGUUGCACAGUUGAAGGCUAAAAGACAAUUACAACAGCAAUAUCAACAGCAACAGUACAUGGCUCAGUUCCAAGAGAUGCAAGGUCCGAUAGUCAACACUGCGGUUGUUUCUCAAACUCAGCAAGAUUAUCAGCAAAUGGAAUUAGAAUCUGGACAAAAUAGUCCAUCUAAAGGUGAUGGUGCUCCUGCAAAUAAUGAAUGCCUUUAUUCAGAUAAAGAUGAUACACAAAAUGAUUACAACUAUAGUCGUCAUCAACAAGAUUCUCCAGAACCUCCUCAAGCACAAUCUCCACCUCCACUUGAUGAUUCUAUGAGAGAAGAUAAUGUUGUUGAGAACGCGGCUUAA